AUGGCCUCCCUGCGAUCAGAUAAGUGGGACUUCCUGCAGGAUGAUGCGCAAGUGCAGGAGGAUACUUUGCUGGAAGCCAGUGAACUUCGCGAAAAGGCGAAUGCUCUUACACAUCAUGCGCAGGCUGAGGACAUGGAGACCCGGCAGCAGCACUUGCACGAGGCCUUGGCAAUGUACCGGAGAGCUGACGCGCUGCUGAAGGGCCGCAUCCAGGAGCCGCAGAUUGCUUCAAUGGUGCUACAGAUCCGGCUCAAUGCUGCAUGCCUUGCAGUGCAGAUUGCGGAACAAGCUUCACACUCCGUCGACAGGCAGCAGGCAGAACAAUGUGCAACUGGCUUUGCGCAUGCAGCACUGGAGAUUGAUCCAGAGAAUCCUCAUGCAGCCUUGAUCCUGGCACGUCUUUCAGUUGGCCGGCAAAAUUCUCAAGCCGAGCAGUUUCUGCAGAAAGCCCAGAUGUGGUCCCUGAAGCGACACGACGAGGACGUCCUAAGGCAAGCGCAAGAGCUGGCAAAGCGCCUGACGCAGGGCGAUUCUCCAACACUCCUGGUGCGGAAGGGUGCCGAACUCUUCAAGCAGGGAAAGCUUCUUGAGGCUGAGCGCCUCUUGACCCAAGCGAUUGACUACCUUGACCGAAAGGAGCAUGGAGGUCCCAUUGAAGUGCUGGCAGCUCAGCCACUGAGGGCGCUAGCCUUCGACGCUUUGGAGGUAAAGGCAGAAUGCUUGGCAGCCGGCGGCGACUUCGCAGCUUCCCUGAAAUGCGGCGGGCAAGCCGCUGGCCUCCUCGAAGCAAAGGCGCCUUUCGCAGAGCCCGAGCGAAGCAGGCGCGAAGGCCUGCUGUAUCUAUCCUUGGGACAUGCUGCAGAGGCUGCCCGAGACAAGGAUGCGCUAUCCUUCUUUCGGAGAGCAGCACAAGCACUCCAGAGGUCAGAUGCAUCGCCUUCUGUGGAAGGGAGGGCCUUGCUCGAGUUUGGCCUUCGCUUGGUUCAGGAGUUCGACAACGGUGAUCAAGAGGCCGCCGAUUUGGCCAUGCCAACAUUAGAACGAGCCCUUGACAAGCUGAAGCUGGCACAUGGGCAGCUGCUGAAAUCCAAGCCGGCUGGCCAAGAUGCUAGUUUGCAGAAGCAGAAUGCCGUGGCUUCUGAACGCCUCCUGAGCAGGCAGCUGCAAGCUCAGGUGGCGCUAUGCUCGCUACAUCUAGCACAGCGAGACAAAGCUGCAGCAGAGGAGGUGCUCAAUGCCUCCCAACACCUUCUGCGAGUUGUGGAGGAUUGCGAGUCCCCCUUGCAAUGGGCCGCCUUAUGUGGAAGAUGGGCCUUUGCUGCUGCGCAGGUGGGCCGUUUCAGGGAAGCUGAAGAUGCACUCCGCCUGAAGUGGAAUCUAGCAGGUGGCAAAGAUCCUGAGUGGGGCCAAAGCCGUUCCGAUUUGCCGGAUCAGCCUUCGAGCCCAGAAGAAGCAGAACGUCUGCGUUUGCAGCAGGAG